AAAAUGGAUAAAGGAAAUGGGUCUCUAGUUUCAGAAUUUGUGCUUCUGGGACUUUGCCACUCAUGGAAUAUGCAGGUCUUAUUCCUAAUCAUAUUUUUUAUGCUUUACCUGAUUAUUGUAUUUGGAAAUGUUUUCAUCAUUAUCCUAAUCAUCACUGACUCCCAUCUUCAUUCCCCCAUGUACUUCUUGUUGGCCAACCUGUCCUUCGUUGAUAUGUGGCUUUCUUCAGUCACCACUCCAAAGAUGAUCACAGAUUUUCUCAGGGAGAACAAGACUAUUUCCUUUGGAGGGUGUAUGUGCCAGAUCCUCUAUGUGCAUUUUGUUGGAGGGGUUGAGAUGGUGCUAUUGGUGGUAAUGGCCUAUGACCGCUAUGUGGCUAUCUGUAAGCCACUCCACUAUUCGACUAUUAUGAGCCUGCAGAGAUGCACGGGGCUGGUGGUAACUUCCUGGAGCAUUGGCUUUGUGCAUGCCGUGAGUCAGAUGGCUGUGAUGGUACAAUUGCCCUUCUGUGGCCCCAGGGAAAUUGAC